AUGUGCUUACCUACAGUUCUUCUCGUGCACGGAGCGUGGCAUUCUCCAGCGCACUUCGAGGCUCUGACAACUGCGCUUGAGGGACACGGCUUCAAGACUCUCACCGUCGCGCUUCCGAGUGUGCACUACGCUGCGCAAGGCCGUCCGCCACCGACAAAACUUGCAGCAGACGUCCAAGCCAUUGCCAGUCUGGCUGAGACAGAACUUGAUGCCAAUCCGCAGACCGACCUUGUCCUACUAGGCCACUCGUACGGUUGUGUCCCAGCCUCUUGCGCGGUCCAGUCUCUUGACAAAGCAACCCGACGUAAAUCGGGCCACGCCAACGGCAUCACUGCCCUGUUGGCGAUCUCUGGUGUCUUUUUACCCUCUGGCGCGUCCCUCUGGGAAAUGGGGGGAAGAAAAUUCCCGGCCCAGAUGAGCGUGUCGAAGCAGAGGUUUCCCGACCCGUCAGGCAAUGGACCUGACGUUGAGAUAGUGUUCACGACCCCCAUUGAUCGUCCAGGGCCGAUUCACCUAAUGUACCAUGACGUCGAGCCCAAAGAAGCCGAACGAUACGCGGCGAUGCUCAAACCUUUCAUCUUCAACAAUCACUACUCCACCGUGCCGUACGCAGGAUACCUCGCAGUGCCAACAUUCUAUCUUGUAUGCACCGAUGACCAUGCACUACCAUCUGCGGUACAGGAGAUGGUAGUCGCGGGAGCAAAUGCAGAUGUUGAAGCGAACGGUGGAGUUGCAGACGUUGAGGUUACCAAGAUCCAUAGUUCACAUAGUCCGUUCCUAAGCCACGUGGCAGAAACAGCAGACUGGAUCAGGACAUCUGUGAGCAAAGUCAAAUAG